AAUUACCUUCGUAGGUUGUUUAUUGGAGGUUGGCUUUUCAGUGAGCAGUGUGAUUGGCUUGUAUGAUGCUAUUGUGAGCUAACUUACAGUAGCAUUGUAACAAGGUGCAGCAUGAACUCCAUAACAAUGAGGCCGCAUAUCCUCCACAGACUCAGGCUAUCAUGUCUCUGAUCCUGUUUGCGUUCGUGGUGCGGGUCAGGGAUGGACUCCCUCUGUCAGCUUCCACCGACUUCGAGCACAAUAAAGAGCUCCAGGAGAGGAAGCAGCAGCUCAGGACCAUCAGCAAGUCUCUGCCCCGUUUCCCUGAGAGGGGCACCGUUAAAGGCCAGAAGCUCAAUAUAUACUUCGUCUCCUCAGAGGGUGUAUCCUACAUGAGCGUGUGCCACAGCAGCCUCCCUGUUGCUAAAGCCUUCUGCUUCGUGAUUGUCCUAUGCAAUUUGUACCUGCUCGGCUUGAGGAACAUAUGGCAGCUCCUCUUCCACAUCUCCGUCGCCUCCCUCUCCACCUCGCUCACCCUCACUCGCAGAAUCCAUCACAGGACCGAUGACUGUGGAGUGUGAGGAGCUCAGAACUGUCCAAUGUGCUGCACCGACCCAGUAUUCAGAUUGAGGAAUAUGUAAACUGCCCACUUCACCAUGUGGAUUUGUUUUAAUGAUAACUUGAAGACGAUAAUGAAUGAAGUUGUGCUGCGGAAGUUCAAGCUAGCGGUCUCUUGUACAUAGCGAUGUCUUAGCUUUGUUUUUUAAGGCAAGAAAACAAAGACGAGCAGUCAGUCUGGAAGCUUUCAAAUCAAAACAAAAAUGAAAAAGACAUUUUCAAGAAAGCCUGAGAUGUUUUUUCAUACAUGGUUUCUCACUAUUUUCUACAUAGAGACCAUUAACCUGUCUCAACAGUGGUGGUUACUUUUUAUCAUAUGACUGACUUUUACUCGUGUUCUGCUUCCAUUUUUUCAGCUUUUCCGAGCCUUUCAUUAAUGUUAAAUAAUCGCUUUAAAAAGUUCUCUGACGGUUUGUAAUUAUUGUACUUUUAAGAUAGGAAGGACAUGCUUUUAUGAGUGAAAACAUGUUGCUUUUGUAGUAACAAAAUUUCUUAUUUUAUAGUUUGGAUUAGCAAUAGAUGAACUGAAGGAUAGCUCUUAGUGCUGCUUGUUAGCUCUCUGAUCCAUUCAUCCAAAACAAAUGCCUAAAUCAAAGUUCUUUGCAGAAACAUGGCCCAGUUCUUGUUUUAAUAUGUGGCAAAGUGGUUGGGUUUCGUUUUCUUAUUUUACAUUUUCUCGGGCAUGUGCUUAGCUGCUAUAACACUGAAGGGUCUGUUUGACGUUAAAGCUGCUUAUGCUUUCAAUAACCUCUGCUGUCUGCACACAUUUUCUUACACUUUUAAGUAUUUAUUGUAUUAAAUUAGCUAGAGAUGUAUCUUAACUAGAGAUGAACUGAGAAAUCAGCCAGUGAUUGAACUCACUUAGUUUCGGCUUGAUCUGCACUGACUGACUGGGCUGUAAGAAACAAUUUACCGAGUGCUACUGAGUCACAGUAACAACAAAUCUCUGCAUGGAAGCCAUUCCUGUUUGAAGGAAACUCAAAUGAGCUAUUUCACAUAUCAACAAGGUGUUUAAAAUAAAGUUAGAAGCUAUUUAGAGUGAUGCAUUUCUACUACCACCUAAGAAAUUGUUUAAUUCAGACUUCAAAAGAGGACUCCAAGCAUACAGUAGAGUAAAUCAAAACCACUUUUGUUAGCAUCUCUGUCUUAUCAUGCAAUAUGUUGGAUUUUGAAUUGUUUCUAUUCUUAUGGAUAUCUUAUAGUUAAGAUAAGGACCUACAUUCCCCAGGGAUUAAACACAAAGACAGCUGUCUGAUUUAUGCUAACAGUACUAAUCACUCCAAAAUCAAUCAGUUUUUUUCCGUAAGCCCGUUUUAACUUGGUGUGACGUAGCCUUUGUGCCUAAUAUAAGUAAGUAAGAAGGAUCCAAAAUCACAUUUUGAAUGCUUUCCUUCUUGAAUCUUCUUGUAUGUUGAUUCUUAAAUAGAAAUUUUAAUCGAUUAAAAUUGAUGUGGGCAACUCAUAGGUUUACAAAAUCAACUUAAAAAAUUCUGAUCAGGGCAUUUUACAUUUUAGUUCUGUCUUUUUCAACAGAUAAUGAAUGAUAUAAAAGCACUGGUUUCUUAAAUACAGUUUGUUUUAAAAAGCUGCACUAUUAUGUAACGAUUAUUUGUCAAGAUUUUAUUACUGAAUGUUUAAAAUUUGGAAUGAAUUUAUUUUAAUUUUAAUUUUUCUAUAUGUUUCUGGAACUCAACACAUCUUCCUUUAGGUUGAAGUGUCACAUUUAUGUUUGUGUACAAAUUUAUGAAAGGAAGAUAAAAAGUGUCAUGUAAUAACUCUUGUAAUGAUUGUUUUGUUUUUACAACAACUUUUAGUUGUAAGUUUGAGUCGUACCAAGCAGUGAAAGUUAAUGUUAAUAGCUAUUAGCAUCAUGGCUUCAAUAGAUAUGUAUGGAAUUUGUCUUUUCUCUAUUAAUUAUUAAGUCAUUGAUAACUGUAAAAAG